AUGAUGAACUUUACCUUGGUAACAGCUUUACUCUGUACCUUCAGUUGGAUCUCUGUCUCAGUUUCUGAAUUUCACACUGUGGAGGUUCAGCCUGGUGAAGAAGUCACACUGAUGUGUUCCAACUUUAGCAGUUUUCCCUCCAACAUAAUCUGGUUCAAUCUGGACAACAGAUCCAAUGCCAGCUGCAUCUCCUCUAUGUUCAGCUCUGAUGCCAAUGCUUCGUUCUGUGAAGGAUUUCAAAACAGCAAAUUUAAUAUGACGUCCAACACCACGACCAUCUUUCUCAAGAUCAAACAAGUGGAUUUAUCUGACUCUGGACUGUAUUUCUGUGGAUUUUACUCAUAUGGAAACUCAGUAAUCAUCAAUGCAACUUAUUUAAAAGUUCAAGAAGCGUCUGAUGGAAUGACAAAGGUAACGAUUGUUGUCCUGUGUGCUGUGAUAAUUUUCGUGGUUAUAGUCGCCAUCGGUCUGGGUGUCAAAAUAAGGAAUCUCCACACAGCACAUAAAGAGGAAUGGAAUCAACAACACAGUGAGAAUCUGGGCUCUGAUGCCCUGAACUAUGCAGCACUGAGUUUCCGCCCAAAAGCAAUAAGCAGCAGAAGGCCUGAAUCAGAAAACCAGAUGGAGCCAAAUGUUGUAUAUGCUGCCACCAGAUAG